UCUGUGUCGUGAAGCUCUAACUAUAGCCUUCGCUUACUACUCCAGGCAGCAGCUGCCAGGACAAUUGGGACGGAUUGUCGUCCUAUGAGGCUAGCUGUUCUACAACCUGUUUGGGUACUACACAUUCACACCAAACAGUGUCACAGUGUCGGCUCCCAUGUGCCGGGCUUAGCAGGCAGUGACAGUCAUUCUUACUAGAACAUUUUCCUACCUGACACGCUGGUAUUUGACAAUCAGGUGUAAUAUAGUUGCUGUGGCAAUUUGAGGUAUUGUACCAUAUGCUGGAUGCUGUAUUUCUGGAUGCUUUCAAGAAGGAUUUUUACUGUCAGCUGGAAGGUUUCGUCUGUGAUGGUAUGUUGUGAAAGGGCACCAUGUAGUUGCAGACUGAGUCUCAGGGAAUAUGACCUGUGAGGUGGAGGACCAGUACAAGGCGUUGGAAAAAUACAUCCUCAGUGUGAAGGAUGAGAUUUGCACCACGAUAUCAAGUGUUGAGGAUGACUUGAAGCAGCAUGGAGAGAGACCUGACAACAGUGAGUCUCGACACGUGUAUGGUGCGGGAUCGGUCUCCACAGAUUCCCAGACCGGUCACCAGGAACAGGGAAACCAUUUUCAGGAGAACUUCUCUUCCAAGUGCCAUCAAGUUGAAUGCAAGUGUUUAGCUGUUUCAGAAGUUCCUAGCACUGAGGAUGUAAAGUAUGGCAAUUCUUAUAAAGCUGGGGAAGGUAUUAGCUUGGAUUAUGUGUUAACACGAAAGACAUCUUCCGAUCAUGGGAAGGAUACCACAUCUGUGUGUGACUCUAGAACUGGCUUCAGUUCUGAAUCCAUUGUUCCUCCUGUGGAGAGGAAGCAGACAAGGCAGAUAACUCUUCCUGACAGACCUUCCCUCUGGUGUGUAGAUCCAGACUGCUGCGAUGAUCAAGAUGAUGAAGACAAACUUUCAUUUGGAGACAGAAAGGAGCUGAGUUUUUCGUUGGAUGAUGGUGACCAUGGUGAUGGAAAGGUGCUGCCAUCUGUUGACCAGGCCAAGCAGAUUCUUCACGACACUCUGAAAUUGUGCUGGAAGAGGAAAACCUCACAAGAUGACGAGGACAAUGGUAAAUAUGCUGAGAUCCAGGAAUCUAGAGCUGGAAGGUUAUCAAAGAGUCCAGACAAGGACCCCAGCACUGCUGCCCAAGAUUGUUUGUCUGAGAAGCGUGUUUCGGUUGACGUCAGUGCUGAAGAUGAGAAAGAUGAGUCCACCACCACAAUGACUGCUGCUGAUGAAUCUCCUGUGUAUUUGGAGUUUGAUAAGAACCUAACAAGUCUGAUGCUGCAAGCAAGCUGCCAAGAGAUGCACUGUAACAUGCUAGUUCUAGAGAAUCAAGAGUACUCUGUCUUGGAUGAAGACUCGGUUAAACCUUCUGUACCCAAAAGACCACAUAUUCCAGAGUUGUUGGAUAAACUGUCAUCAAAGAUUAAUGAGCAGGAAUGUGAAAAAUCUGUUGUUGACUCCCCAAAGGCAAGUGUGCCAGCUUGUCCUGAGGAUAAAGGUGACUUGGAUAAUGUUUUAGAAGAUGAUUUGUAUCACACAGAAAGAGACUCGGAUGAGGAAGUUAUUGCCACCUCAGUUGGGGAUACCAUUAUUUCUCAAGAAAUUAAAAAUACAAUUUCCCAGGAAAGUAAACCAGAUGAGAUCUCACAGGGAAUGACAGAAUCCUCAGGACUGGUCAGUAUUGGUUGUCAGACAAGUUUUCCAGAUGUGGACUACAAGGAACCAGAAACUGUGGCUAAAGGGGUGCAGACGAAGCAGAAAAUGUUGAUUGUCCACAGACACGGGAAGGUCUCUCGUGCCACACAGACACAUGGCCACCUAAAGUCGACUACCUCAGGCAGCAAGAAGGCACCGAGGCCUGUGAGAUCAAAAUCCUUACAAAGAGACAAAGACAGUGAGGACUGUACGGUUAAGUGGCGGUGUCGGAAAAGAUCUGACAGUUGUCUACAAGAUCUUUCUACAUCUGGUGUCGAGAGACAGAUCUCUGAGCAGGAACGCAUGUUUCUGUCUGACAACUCUCCCGAGAUGCAGGUUGUGGUAAAUUCCUCCACUCCCGUGUUGAUCCGCAGGAAAACAAACCUACGACAUGCUCAUAAGGAUUUUACUCAAACAAAUGGUGCUCAUAGUAUUAGAAACUGCUUAAAAGUUGAUGAAAACCAAAAUAUUGAAAGAGACAUUACAGUUGAUGAUAAUAAAAAAUUACCACACGGUCAUCAUACCAACUCGGUUGGAAACUUAAAUACUAGAAGUGGUAUUCUUAAGGAAAAGAACAGUAUUAAUGAUCAUAACAGUGUAAAUAGCAGCAGUGCUCAGUCAUCCCCCAAACAAAGUAUUAUCAUCAGCCCGGAGAUGUCGCGUACGUGGCAUGGAACCAGUGGCACCCUGCUCCGACCUGCUCCGCGGAUGGGUCUGGGAAUGGUCAAUUCUGAGAGUACUCCCUACUUCAGCUACAAGCGCUAUGCAACGGUCGGGGCCCAUAGCAUGGCAGAGAUGCCGGGUGAAUUCAGCCGAGGGUUUCCAUACAUUUCGCGAUCGCUGUUGGACGCGAUGCACAAACGGUAUUAUUCUAACUACUCACCACAUCAGUAUUCGUUGUUUCACGGUCCGAUGAACCCGGUUGUCGACUCGACGGCUCAUGCACUGCCCACUCCGAUUGUUGUCCCUGUUGUACAGCAACCAAUCAGGCUGGACUUGAAGCUGGAAGAUUCGGACUCGACUAACUCACCUGCCACAAGUGUUCAGUCAUCACCUCGGAGUCAGCACGUCACACCAAGGGAGCUAACUCCUGAUACAACACCUACACUGCAGAAGAAACUGAAUGCAAGCCUGAGAGAGAGAAGGGAAGCUGAAAUAGAAGCCAUAGAAGCUUGCAAAUGGCUGAGGGCAGCUGGGUUUCCACAGUAUGCACAGAUGUAUGAAGAUGGUCAGUUUCCAAUAGAUAUAUCUGUUGUGGAGAAAGAUCAUGAUUUUCUGGACAGAGACUCCAUCCAAUCUCUUUUCAGGCGACUCAACACGCUGAACAGAUGUACCGCUCUCAAAAUAGAUGCUCAUCCUCGGAAGACGAAUGAUGAUACUGAUUAUGAUGAUUUUUGUGCUCUGAGCAGUCGGUGGGAGUUCCAACAGAAUAUCCAGCGCUGGUCGAGGAAGGACUUGGAUCUUGAUGAGAGUCACGUGACAGUGAAGUCGAGUUCGAGUCACGACAGCCUCCUCACGGACCAGGACUCGAGCAGUCCGGCCGACGACAGUCCGGUUCUCGACAGCAAGAUGCCACACCUUGGCUACUCAACCCUCGAGAGAAAGACUUCCACACCUUCUGAAUCGACCUUCAUCGUCAGCCCACGGCUCAGGAGGGCCGCCAGCGACAGGAUCAAAAGUGCUAAAAACUUGCUGAGGAAAGUUGAGAGUUUCAAAUCGAAGAGGAAUAAAAAGUUUUCCAAAAACAUUGUUGAGAUCAGUGGGCCAGUAGUUGCUGAUAAGGCAGACAUGCAGGCAAAGAUUCAGCAUAUGAAUUGUGUGGACAUCAGUCCAACAUCAGAAGUUUCGCAUCCUUCUAUUGGUGGUGAUGAUGACAAGAGUGAGAAGGGUAGUUCUUCUUUCUCAGACGAAAUGUCCCCCGUGUCCCCUACUACCACAGUUUCUCCUGUGUCACCCAUUUCCCCCAGUUCCCCCAUUUCCCCCAGUUCCCCCAUUUCCCCGAAGGAACAGGUGUUAAAUAAUUCCCAGUGUGUUCAUGAGAGUCGGCCAAAGUGUCGGUUAAAUGACUCGUCGCUGAGUGAGUACUACACGGCACACUCAGAACUGCUGCAGAGCUUCAGAACGGCAGACUCGUACCUCCAGGACACGGUGCGUAGAAACAAUAGUGAUAUGAACCUGAUGGAGAUCUUCUUUCUACCUCAAGACCACAAGCCAGGCAGCUUCCCCAAACGUCUUCAGAAUGGUUACAUAGACACAGGGGAUGGACACAGCAUUAACUACAGGACGGGCAGUUUCAGUUUACGUGGUGAGCGAUCCGACGAACUCAUGCCACUGCCCGUCAGUCCAAAGUCGGGUAAGAAAUCCAUUCGGUUGAGUAUGUAUGAUAACAUUGGAGAUCACCCGUCGCAGGGCAGAGACCAUGCGCAGGGUAAGAAUACCCUGAACACCAGUUCCCAGUCGAAAUGUAGUGACCGUCUGAACUCUAGUGAUGUGAUGAACACGAGUCAGUGUAGUGACACUUCUUCAAAUGUGAGUCAGUUUAGCACGGUCAGUGAACUGUCGUCGAUCGUCAGUCCCACGAUGGAUUCGAGAGAACAGUCUCGCAUUGAUCAGAGCAAAAUAUUGAGAGAAAGAUCGCCAAAUGUCAAACUGUCUUUAAACAGUGAUCAGAAUAGAAUUUUAAGAGAGAGAUCGGCAAGUGUCGAUCAGGCGAAGUCGACGGCGGUUUCAAAGAUUUCGUCAACGGACGAGGAACUGGCUGCGGCCCAACAAGAACUGGAUGCCAUUCUUCACCAGCUGUUUGAGAACAUCAAUGGAUUAAAUGAAACUAUCAAUGGCAAGUCGGACGAAAGUGCUAUAUCAAAAAGAGAAAAUUUGUUUCCUAGUCUGAACGUAUCCCAGAAUGUCUCGGUUGAUGAGACGUUGCCCCUGGAUGCGGAGAUGGAGCUGGAGAACGAUGAGAGCAGUCACAUGUCGUCACGGUCGAGCGAUCAGGACAUUCCGGGAGAAGAACUGUCACCUGAUGACUCACUGGAACACGCGGAUAAUACGGAGAAGAGGGAGAGACGGGACUCGGGGGUCGGGUCAUCACUGACCAGAACGUCUAGUGACCGAAAACGUAAGCGAAUUCGCUGGCACAGUUUCCAGAAAUGUCACCGCCCCAGUCUGAACAGUCGAGAUCUCCAGGUGGACAGUUUGUCCGUCCGUCAGCUGAUGGUGCUGCGCAAACUCUCCCUCCUCAAGCUGACGGCUGUCAUGGAGAAAUACUCACCUACCAACCGGACGGGCUGGAACUGGUCGAUGCCGCGCUUCAUGAAGCGGAACAAGUCGCCCGACUUCACGGAGAAGAACGUCUUUGGGGUUCCGCUUCACGUGAUGCUGCAGAGAACUGGUCAGGCUUUACCGCAGUGUAUCCUGUAUGCCAUGCGAUACCUGCGCAAGACUGCAAACGACGCCCUGGGAAUCUUUCGCAAAUCUGGCGUCCGGUCGAGAAUCCAGAAACUUAGGAACGACCUUGAAGCUUGCCCAGAAGAGGUGGAUUUCGAGGAGCUUCAGGCAUAUGACGUUGCUGAUCUUCUGAAGCAGUUCUUCCGUGAGCUGCCCGAGUGUCUGCUAACAAACAAACUGUCAGAAACUUUCAUCACUAUCUUUACUCAUGUACCUAGCAGCCUGCGACUGGAGGCGAUCCAGGCGACCAUCGUGUUAUUGCCGGAUGAGAACCGUGAGACACUUCAGUCUCUGCUGCUCUUCCUCAGUGAUGUGUCGCAGCACUCCGCUGAACAUCAGAUGACUGCCAGUAACCUGGCUGUGUGUUUCGCCCCAUCACUGUUUAACAUGGGAGGUUUGAGAAACAACUCAAUAUCGAGUCCCAAGAGGAAUCGUAAAAACCUCGGCAUCCCCGAGGCGCGGGAACUGCUGGAGCAGAAGGCUGCCCAUGAGUGCCUUACAUUCAUGAUCACCGAGUGCAAGAAGAUAUUUAUGAUUCCAUCCUGGCUGUUUUCCAAGUUGCCUUUGUCCUACAUCGAAGGAGCAGAACCAACCCCUUUCGAAGAGUUUUACCGGGUUCCAAAUCAAGAUGGUCCAGAUUUCAAGUCGUUUGGUGAAGAAUGCAUCCAGACUUUACUCAAGGAAGCUCAUGAUAGAAACCGAGGCUGGGUUUUAUCACUGACUAUCAACGGGAUUGAGAUAUUUUACAAGAAGCCGGUGGACAGUAAUCCUCUCCGAGAGUGGAAGUGCUGUGUGGAAGUGGAGGCUCCUCCAGUGGAAGUCCUCAACAGAAUACUGCACGAGAGACAAGUGUGGGAUGAGGAUCUGUUGAACUGGUCGGUGGUUGAACAGUUGGAUCAACAUGCGGAUGUGUUCCAGUACAUGUGUAACAGCAUGGCACCACACCCCACGCGGCACUACUGUAUACUCAGAUACUGGCGGACUGACCUGGUUAAGGGUGCGUGUGCGAUGAUUUCAACAUCUGUUGACCACCCCGACAUCACGGAGAUCCAGGGAGUCCAAGCUGUGGAGCUGAUGUCACAUUUCCUCAUGGAGCCAUGCGGGUCAGGAAAAACUAGAAUCACACACCUAACACGGACAGACACAAGGGGCCGGAGUCCGGAGUGGUACAACAAGUCAUAUGCCUAUCUUUGUGCUAAUUACAUGGACAGAAUUCGCGAAUCAUUCCAUCAACUAGCCGAUUUGCCCGAGACCGAUGUAUAGUCAUGGUUACGCACAAAUGAACACCCAUCAUGUGACCUUACAGAGAUUCUAUAUUCUAACACUGUUUAACAGUGAAGAACUCAAAAAGACAUUUUCUAAACAAAAUGGCAUCAUUGAAUUCAUGAGUACAGUGUCUUGUCGUACAGUUGAGGAACAGAAUUCUGUAUGAGUAUUUGGUGCGUUUUGUUAUUCUUGUUCCUCAUAUGGAUGUGCCAAAAGUAUUUUUCUUCUCAACUAGAGAUUCAGCCAAUGUUUGAGCUAAUGCUACCAUUAACUAAUCCACGAAUGUUUGUCAGUGUUUUCUUCAGAAGUGUAAUAACACAAUUACACAUUUGGCCGAAGUGAAUCUGUGAAACAAAAAGUGUUCACGAAUGUCAGAAUCUGUAUCUUUAAGUGGCAGCUGUGAUUUUUGUUUUUGUGUAAAAUGUUGAUAGUGCUAUUUGGUGUAGAUAUUGUUAUUAGAUGGCAUUGUAUUUGAUUGUGGACAUUGUUAUUCAAAGAUGGCAACGUAUUUGAUAUGAAUAUUAUUAUGACAGAUGGCUGUGGACACUACAUUAGGAAAUAACCACAUAUUUCAAUAUUAUUAUUGAAAAUGGCAGUAUAAAUGAUAUUUACCUCAAGGUCCAUGCUUACAAAACUAACAAGUCCUGACUCAAGACUUGUGUCCAGACUUAACUAGAUGUUACUUGUAUGGGUGAGACUUUUAUAAGUCUUUAGUCUAGACUUUAAUUACUGUGCCUGGAUUGUGUUUAUUCACUGAAGUAUGUAAACAAGUGAAGUGUCUUGGUGCUGAAUUUUGUCAUGACGUGUAAAUAAUUGUAAACAGUUGCAGCACACAGCAGUCUUGUGUUCAGGGGACUUGUAGAUUACCUCCCUUUCCUUCAUGCCAUGACAUUGAUAAAGCUGCAUUCUCAUGCUGUGACUUUUCAUAUUGACUUAUAGAAUGCAAUUUGUAGUAUCUACAAACUUCAGUUUUCAAGUAGUUUAAUUUCAUCUUGUGUUUAGCUGUCUAGGAUCUGUAACUUUCCAUUAACACUGGAACAGUCACAAUCUGUUGCUUCAUAAGUGAACAUAAACCACAUUUCUAAUGAUGUAAAUGUUUUAGUUGAACUAUGUGCCUGAUUCAGAAGCUUUGAUGUAAAAUAUUUUUGCUUACAGUUUUACUUCCCAACAUUAAUUCUGAUUUCUCCAGGUUUACUCACUAAGAGGUUGCUGUUUGUCAUGGAAAACAAAACGUCCUAAUCGUUACAACUUAGAAAUGGGGAUGUAUAGCUUUCACCUGAGAUGCAAUGGGUCAUAGAAUUAAUUGCCCUUGAUAGAGCCCCCUCUCCCCCAUCUUAACCAGUGGUCCACUAUGAUACAUCAAAGGUUGUUGCUGUUUAUCUGUACGAGUAGCCUAUUUAGCAAAAACAGAUUCCUUUUUCUGUCUUGACCAAGUAACACAGUAACCAUAGACACCCGAAAAACAAAUUCUCCUUUUUUUCCCUUCCCUCAGACAUCCGAUUUUGAUGUUCUGAUUAGAACAGAAUACAUGCUGCAAAGACUAUAUGGGAAGUUGCAGUGAGAGAAUGCAGUUUUAAGCCAAAAAUGUUGCAUGUAAAUAUUAAUCUGAAAUUAUGGGUAACUAAUGCAUAACAGCCUGUGAUCCAAAAAGCAUAAAUACAGAUGUUAACAAUAUAUAUCUCAAUAUAUGCAGUAUAUGUAUGUAGAUGUGUGCACACGAUUUCUCUCUUUAAGGCCGAGGACAUGUAUUGGAUUAGCUCCAGGGCUAAGAAUGUUUGUGUCUAAUGUCUUCUCUCUUUGUGGACCAAAUUUCUUUCUUUGAUAGCAAUAGACUCACAUUUCACUUUAGCUUAGUGUGACCUUGGAUCCUGUCAAGGACAUCCAAUUUAUAACAAACCGACAAAGCUGAUUUUUUCUUUCUUCAAGUUUGGCAGCAAAGUGUGUGUCAGUAGAAACAGGGCUGGGACCUGGUAGAUUUAGAUACCUUCACUUUUCUAAUGCUCAGGGUUUACAGAAUUGUGCAGUGUUUUCAACAUGGUACUAAUGCCAAGACAACAAGAUUUUCUCAGUUAUUUGGGCCACAUAGUACUAAUAACAAGAUAAGACGUUGUUUUAGUUAUUCAGGUCACAUGGUACUAAUAACAAGACGAGACUGUGUUUUAGUUAUUUAGGCCACAUGGUACUAAUAACAAAAAAAGAUUUUGUUAGGUACUAAUAAUGAAAGAAGACUUGUUUCAGUUAUGUAGGCCACAUGGUACUAAUACCAAGACAAUACUUUGUUUAGGUACUAAUACCAAGACAUUACUUUGUUUAGGUACUAAUACCAAGACAAUACUUUGUUUAGGUACUAAUACCAAGACAACACUUUCUUUCAGUUGUUAUGCCACAUGGUACCAAGACAAUACUUUGUUUCAAUUAGACCUUAUGGUACUAAUAACAAAACAAUACUUUUGUUUCAGUUAUUUAAGCCUCAUGGUUCUAAUAACAAGACAAUACUUUGUUUUAGUUAUUUAGACCAUAUGGUACUAGUAACAAGACAAUACUUUGUUUUAAUUAUUUAGGCCAUAUGCUACUAGUAUCCAUGUUUUUAUGAAGCAUCCAAUAAGUGAAUAAUUUCAACAUUUGGAAACAUUCUACUAAAGUUGACAAUUUGUUUCCCUUAAUGCAGUUGCUUUUAUGCUACAAUUAUAUUAAUUCAUGCAUAACUUCGAAAGAACCAACUUAUUAUUAAGGGUUCAAAAAAGAAAACAAAAACAUUCUUAGCAUUUUAUUGAAACUUUCACAGAUAUUCUCUAUAUCUCAAUUGUGCACUAGAACAUACAGUGAAUCUAAUAUACAUCUAGGAAUUCAAAACAUAUACCAGUAUUUUGGUAUUGGGGCCUUAUAAGGAUAAUUUCAGUGUUUUUCGUGCCUUUACUUUACCUUAGUUAAUCACACAAAUAAUCCAACUACAUUAUAAAAGCACAAUGGUGUUAGAGCUUCUGAUAUGAGAAAAGGAAGAUUCAAGAAAAUGGUUUGCCUAUAUAUAUAAAAACUGUUCACACUUAAUGGCCAUACAUUUUUUUUUUCAUUGUUUGUAUAUUUUUGUAAAGCUGUAAUUAUAUUUAUAAAUGCAUAAGUAUAUAUAUAUAUGUGAUGAUUUACCGUAAAAGCAAGCUACUGGCCAAAGCUGUAUAUUUCUGUUUACCUGUGCAUUUAAACACAUAUACCUCUAUAUAAACAAGUGGAUGUAACUCCUUGUUAACACUGACUGUUCAUACGUAAAGACACUUGUAUAGGAGUAUAUAUAUAUAUAUAUAUAUAUAUAUAUAUAUAUAUAUAUAUAUAUAUAUAUAUAUAUAUGUGUGUAUGACCCAUUCAGCAAACGUGUCUAGUGGUAACCAAUAAACAAAGUACUAUUGUUACUCAUUUGUUGUUUUUGUAUUAAUUUAUAUUUAGCGGGUUUUUCUUCUUUCUCCCCUCAUCUUGGUGGGCCCAUUGGUCUAUUUCUCAUUCCAGCCAGUGCUCCAUAACUGGGGCCGAUUUCACAAAACACCAUACAUUUUUAUCGGUGACUAGCAGUUAUACCAGUCAUCUGUUUCGUGUAAAAAAAUUACAUCACUACAGAAGAUAAUUUUAAGGACAAAUGAAAAUGAAAUAUAUGUACUUCAGACUAUAUUAAUACAGUACAUUAGUAGUAAUAAAAUCUUGUUUAUUUGUUUACAUUAAAACAAAUUAGGCUUCCAAUAUAUUUUGUUAAAUUGGACUGUGGUUGAUAAAGGCAGUGGUAUACACUAUCCUAUCUGGGAUAAUGCUUAUAAAAAAAUCCCUUUCUGCUAAUUAAAAAAAACCCCGGAGUAGCCCAUAGUAGCAGCAAUGGGUUUCCUCUCUGUUAUCUCUGUGGUCUUUAACAUAUGUCGGACACCAUAUAACCAUAAUUAAUAAAGUGUUCAAUGUAUCAUUAAAUAAAACACUUCUUUCUUUCUUUUUAAUGUGA